AUGGGUGACCAAAUGUUGGAAACAUUGUAUACAACUGAUUUUAUGCUGGCCCCCAAACACGUGGAUGGGGAAGACAAGGAGAACAUGCAGAUUAAAAAUGAAUUUCGCGUUUUCCGAGAUUACUUGGGAUUAAUCAAUUUAGUGCAACCUGAAGGUUAUGGCUCAGUCAGCGACACACCACCUUUUCAAACCCUUAGCCCAAGCAGCCCCAACGACCACUACUUUGAUGCAAGCGAUUGCGUGAAAAUUUCUUCCCGAAAAAGACUGGACAGUCUCGACUCAGACAAAAGUGAAAAUUCGUUAGGAAGUCGUGGUGAUGGAGAUAUUAGCAUGAUUUUCGAUUCAAUAAAUUCACAGGAAUUCCGACCGUUUAAGCCGUCCAUCAUCGGAGAUUCUUUGUCAAGAUCGGAGUUGUUUUCCAACCGAAUUGGGGGCAAACUAACAAAGGUGGGAAAGACGACUGCAAAUAUGGUUGCUAACGAAAAGCAGAGGGUCAGCCAACGGCAAGUAUGUGUGUUCUGUAGAAAUAACGGCGAAAGUAAAGAAUUCUAUACAGGCCAUACCCUGAAAGAUGCGGAAGGAAAUACCUCAUGCCCUAUUCUGAGAGCCUACACAUGUCCCUUGUGUAAAGCGUGCGGGGAUAAGUCACAUACAAUAAAAUAUUGUCCAAAAUAUACCCCGAAACCGAAGGACAAAAUUCUGCCAAUUUAG